CGGCUAGCGUAGUUGCCGUGGCGGAAGCAGAGAGCAAAUUUGAAAGCAACACCAACACACACACACGCGCACGUGAAGCGAUAACAAAUUGGCAAACAGCAAGUGUUAAUGUUUGGGGUGUUUAUUUUGUAUUUUUAGAGUUUCCCCUUCUUCAAGAGUAAUUCAAUCUAAAAGUUAUAACAAGAAAGCCGAUAUUUUCGCUUAUUCUCUGUUCCAAUUUUCAACGUCUCCGAAUGCAACUGUGUUGCUCAACCCUGUCCAGCUGAUAAGCAGCAGUGCCAGCUUACGAAGCAACCCUGACAAAAGCGAACGUCAUCCAGUGUAAAUAAUAAAUACAGCAAAGUAGGCGUACCGAACACAGGCAACCCAUCCGGAUGGAGCUGGAACCGAGUAAAAUCGUCGACUUUCACUAUGAGUACACGGACGUGGACGAUAAGCCGGCCAAACUGGUGUACGCGAUCGAAAUCCCCUAUAAAGGCAGUGUGGCCGAGCUGAGCCACCAGAUAGUGGCCGUCCGGAUGGAUCCGGUGAUGCAGUUUCUCAAGUCGGAUCGCAACCUGCUGCACACCCUGCAAGCGUUCGUCGAGCGUGAAAACCAAUCGUUCCACGACGAACGUGACGAGCUGCUGUUGGAAAAAUUCCGCAACGGAACGCCGAACGUGGACAGCCUUGCGCUAGACAUGGAGAAACUCUACCGGGAGGAGAUACUCGAGUUUGCGGAUCGCGUAGGUCCGACGGACGAGGAAAUAUUUGCCCAGAGCUACCAUCAGCUGGUACAUUCGUCGCUGCUGCCGGAAAUAUUGACCAAAGAGCGUGAGUACGCUCGCACAAUUGCGAGCCUGGCCACGCAAAUGACACAGCAAAUCACCACGAUGAACACGCUGCACCAGGAGGAGAUCGAGUCGAAGAUCAAGCUGCUCGACAUAUCGAUUACGCCGGAAAACAUUAAUCAUAUGCUGGCGAAGCAGUACGGCAUGCAGAACAUGAUCCGCAAGCAGUGUGAGUCGGAGCUGGAAUCAACGCGCGGUCACCAGAAGCACGAGUACCGGAACUGGGUAACGCAGCACGUGGAUGAGAGUUUUCUCGCGCAGUCCGAAAGCCCGACACAGAUCGGGAACCGGUGGUCGAUGAUUUCCACCCAGGCACCAUCGAUGGAGGAAAGCUUCACCAUCCAUCUAGGGUCACAGCUAAAGCAUAUGCAUAAUAUACGCAUUCUCAGCACACGGGUAUCGGAUCUGUGCAGUCCACUGUACGGCGAUUCAUCGUUCGGUGGACCGAACGUAGCGCUCGGGCUGUAUUCGAGCUCGCUGUGCGGUAUCGUAGUGCUGACACCAUCCGGCACGAUUACGCCGGAUCGGGAGAUACGGCGCAACGCAAACAUGUCGACGGAAUUUCACUUCGAUCAGAUCGAUCGACAGAUCGAAAAGAUACAGGAAGAUCUGCGGAACCUGCAGCACGGCUCGGCAGUUGAGGCGGGUGGAGCUCAAAGUCUAGCGGCGGCCGCUGGACGAAGGCCGGACCGUACCGUGGUAACGGUGAAACCGGGCGAUGCGUUUAUUACCCGUCACUCGAACCUGUCCCACUCGCACGUAAUCUUUCAUCUGAUAUCGGACGAAACGUUCCAAAGCCCGAGUGAAAUCAAUUCCCGCCAUCCUGUGAUACUGGGUUUGCGCAACAUACUGAAAAUCGCAAGCAGACAUGACAUUACCACGCUCACCAUUCCGGCUUUGCUUCGGCACGAAAUGUCUGAGGACAUGACCGUCAGCUGGUGCAUAAGGCGAGCGGAGCUGGUGUUCAAGUGCGCCAAAGGGUUCAUGAUCGAAUCGGCCAGCUGGGGUGGUGCUGAACUGAACACACUGCAGCUUCUGCUGCCGCACGACAUUUCCGAGGAGCUGUUUCGCACGCUCGCCGACAUGGUACCGCACGUGUUCCGAGUGGCAAAUCCAAAAAUUCUUCAAUGAAGCGUUACUGCCGUAAAUAAUCAACGGUUCGUACCGGAAAUACGGAAAUAACUGUGAAAACUAUUCCCCCAAAAAGUGUUUAAAAAUCUCUGUAAUUUGUAAUGCAAUAUUUGAAACAUGAAGUGAAAUAUUUCAAUCAG